GAAACUGCUGAUGCUACUUCAAUCACAAAGGAAAAUCAUGGUCGGCCAAGGAAAAAUAUUCUUCCCUGACUACAUGAAGAUGAUCUAAAGCUACUUGGUAUCUCUACACUUGAACUAUUUGGGGCUGGCAAAGAUUUGUGAAUCAAAGAACUUAAAGCUUGCCACUUUCCAACGCUACGCAAAGGCGUAUAUCAAGAUACGACACAAACAUGAACAUAAGAGAAGAACCACAAGCAUAAACUCAAAAAGGGGAAAGGCACCCAAAGAUCGAUUGAUCAAAAGGAAAAGAGAGGGGAUGGGGUGGCGGUGGAGGCCACCAAGCAGAUCAAAAGGGCGUGGGGCCAACUGGCCAAACCACCCCACCUCGCUGGUCCUAUUACUUUACGCCACAUUUUAUUUUUUUUAUUUUUUUUCAGUGCUGCUUGUCGGCGAGGUAUUCUGCACAUCAAGGAAAUGUACCGGCUUGAUACUCAGUCGGCUUGAUACCGGCUUAACCUGGGUUGGCUUGAAUCGUGCCGAACACAAUCUGUGAUAAGAGUUGUUCAUUGACAGUAGUAGAACCAUCCAUCUCCAGCCCAUACUUUGAGAAAAGGGCAGCUAUAUUUAAUCCAAGUAAUCCAAAGUUGAAGACCCAUUGGAGACCCUCAAUCUCUAAAAAGAGAGAGAGAGAAGAAGCAGCAGCCACUGUUGCACCAUCGCCAUCUGCAAAGUAAAAGACAAAAGCAAACUCAGGCACAAAAGCCAAGAAGAGCUUCUCUUGAACGCUGACAAGAAUCCAUACUAAACAAGCCUCCUCGUUAACUUCCUCACUAUAAAAGCCAUGGAGGGAGGGCUUUCCCACCUUCCCCUUCAUUUCUUUCUCCCUCCUUCAAGGUUGUGAAUUCUGAUAUAGAUAUAUCUCAAGGUCGGAGGGAAAUUGAACUGAUGGCACCAAUGAGCUUGCCUCCUGGUUUCCGGUUUCAUCCGACCGACGAAGAGCUCAUCGUGUACUACUUGAAGAGGAAGAUCAAUGGUCGCAGGAUCGAGCUCGAUAUCAUCCCCGAGGUCGACCUCUACAAGUGCGAACCAUGGGAUCUACCAGAGAAGUCUUUUUUACCGAGCAAGGAUCUCGAGUGGUACUUCUUUAGCCCGCGAGAUCGCAAGUACCCGAACGGAUCGAGGACAAACCGAGCCACUCAAGCCGGGUACUGGAAGGCCACUGGAAAAGAUCGAAAGGUGAAUUCGCAGCACCGCGCUGUCGGGAUGAAGAAAACACUUGUCUACUACGGUGGUCGAGCUCCACAUGGCUCACGGACCCAUUGGGUCAUGCAUGAGUAUCGGCUCGACGAGAUGGAAUGCGAGAAUGCUGCCGCAGGUUUGCAGGAUGCAUAUGCUCUAUGCCGCGUGUUCAAGAAGACCGAGCCGGGCCCGAAGAUCAUAGAGCACUAUGGUGUUUCUCAUGCUCAUACUCAUACUCAUUCUCAAUGGAUGACCAAGGAUCAUCAUCCAACAACAACAACAACAAUCUCUGCGGAUAUACGAGAGAGUGACGAGGAUGAUUUUGAGGGUUUUGGCAUAAUUAGUCCAUUUCAAAGUGGCGCUUGCUCAUCAAACAUAAUGAUGCAGCAGCAAUAUUGUCUAGCACAAGAUCCACGAAUUGAUUCAUGGAAUUCCCCGGAAUGCUUCUCUUAUACUCCAUCAAGGCUUCAGGUCGAGGACUUCCCUCACUUCGACUUUGAGGGAAGUAACAACAACGACAACAACAAUAACAAUGACAACACAUUAGAAGAGAUCUCCUUGUCGAUCGCCUCGGAGCUGGUCUCUAACUACACUGAUGAUCACUUUUGGCUCGGAUCUAAUUAUUCUCAUCUCGAUGAAUUCACGUCCCUGUUGGAAAGCAACGAAGGUGCUGAUGAUCAGCUAUGUCAAAGAAGUGAGCUCAUGGGAAGUACCUUGCACUGCGAUUCAACGGAGCUUGUGGAAGAUGAGAUCAAAAGUACACCACUGCAAACCGCAUUAAUUCCGACCUAUGGAUCAUUCGGAGAGGUUGAAGAUCAAGAAGGUGAGGAAGAUCAUUCCGCCGGAACCAAGCCGGUGUUUGGCGUGGAGUUCCGGCGAGGGCUGCUUGUGUCAAGCGUGGCCAGGUGCGACACUUUCUUCCACCGAGUGGAGCCGACGAAGAAGGUCAGCUUCCAUUUGAGUGGUCAGGUUGAAGAAGAAGAAGAAGGAGGAGGAGGAGGAGAGGCGAGAUCGAGCGUCGUCGACGGUGGCAGAGUCUCCUCGUUCUUCAACAAGUUUAAGGCGUUUGUGUGGGAGAAGUUUGUGGGGAGUUGGUCGACCAUGAAUUGCGGAAUGUUUUUUCGCGGGAACUUGCCCUUGCUCGCGUUUGCUCUCUCUCCCUGCAGCGCUGCGUGCGAGAUCGAGUGACUGCGUCAUGCGAUAGUUCGUUGUUGUUCUAUUUGUAUCGUGUAGAAAGAUUCAUACUGAUUCACGAGGAUAUUCUUGUGGAAUACCCUAAUUUUAUGUAAGAUAUUGUUGUCGAGCAGAUUAUAUAUGUAAUUUAGCUCAUUGAGCUUUAA